GUCGCGCGCUGUAUCUUGGGGUUUUGUUAGCAGGUCGUGGACAGCGCUGUGAGCACGUCUUUCUCCAGACUCCACCAACACCCACUUUUACAUCUUUCUCAACGUAUAACAUGGACGCGGGUUUCUUCCGCGGCACAAGUGCAGAACAGGACAAUCGCUUCAGCAACAAGCAGAAGAAACUUCUAAAGCAACUGAAAUUUGCAGAAUGUCUGGAAAAGAAGGUGGAUAUGACCAAGGUGAACCUGGAGGUCGUCAAACCUUGGAUCACUCAGCGAGUGACAGAGAUCCUGGGUUUCGAGGAUGAUGUCGUCAUAGAAUUUAUAUUUAACCAGCUGGAAGAAAAGGUAAUACUAUUGACUCCAAUUCCUUCCUGUUCUUGUAUGUACAUCAGAUGUUAUUUGUUAACUUAAUACAAGGCAAAGAGAGGUUGAUUUAAUCAAGUGUAUUGAUAAGACACAAUAUAAAUGCAGAUGGGGGAAAGAGCGACCACCGGUGUCCAAUAUACAUAAUUUGAAUGACCCAAAGUUUUUGCUGUGAUAUGUGACAGUGCCUUUGUGCCACAGUUUUCUAAUGAUGAUGUGAUUUAUGAUUCAAAAGGCCUGAACCAAUAUGGAUGUUAUACCUUGCAUCAGAAGUAUAGCACCAACACCUUAUUAGCUCUCUGCUGAGCCCAAAGUGUCACUGAGCCCAACUCUCCCUGAUGCAGUGUGUGGUUUGAGGUGAGUUAUGUUCAGGGAUCAACAUGCUAGUGAUAGAAACACUUGGACAAUGCCAUUUUCUCUAUAUACUUUUGAAUCGCACCGCUAGUUUUUCUUUAUCUCCUCUAGCCUGUCUUUGGAUGGUGAAAAAAGUUGACUGAGAAUACAGUUGAACUUUAGACUAAUGAUCCUCAUUUAAUUAGUUUAUAUUAAAAUUACAUCCGUAGUAUCUUCAAUCUGGGCUGUGGCAAGACUGUGCUUUAAACAUUAUUACCUAGCCCACUAAGUGAUUUUUGAAUACUACAAUGCACAUGGACCCUGGUCUGCAGAAAUAAAUCAGUGCACUAGAUGUCCAAAGUUGUUUCCACAUUGUUACAUUGUCAUUUGCUCCUCCUUAAAAUUGCCCUCAAGUUGGGAAAUCUAAUCGCAUGGUUAAAAUUAUACUUGUGCAUUCUACCACAUUUCUCCCCCCAGCUUAACUAGCAUUUGGCCUAUAAAACAUGACUUCAAGGGGAAAUGACAUAAUUAACUGGAUGAAACCCCAGAGGAAAUGUUCAAGGGUAUUGAUAAACAACAGUUAUUUUUUAAUGAACAAAUGACUCCCAACAACCCUAGGAUGCUUUAUAUUCAUACAAAGGUGUUGCUGCAAUCCUGUAAGUUCUCUUACUAUCUGUUUUAGUGAACCUAGCCUAAUACUUGGAGGGAAAAUAACAUUCAGCUACCUCUUACCGACUUGAUUUCUUUUCUGUGCUGUUAUCUUUUGAGGGGUGGGUUUUUUAAGCUAAAUGCUUUAACCUCUCUAGGCUAGAUGGGACGCUACCGUCCCACCUGACCAACAUCCAGGGAAAGUGCAGGGUGCCAAAUUCAAACAACAGAAUUGUAAAUAUAACAUUCUUGAAAAUACACAUGCAAUAUGUCAAAGUAAAGCUAAACUUCUUUUUAAUCCAGCCACGGUGUCAGAUUUCAAAAAGGCUUUACGGCGAAAGCAAACCAUGCUAUUAUCUGAGGACAGCGCCCCAUCAAACACAGACAAUCGUAUUUCAUGCCGCCAGGCGUGACACACAACUCAGAAAUAACAAUAUAAUUCAUGCCUUACCUUUGAAGAGCUUCUUCCGUUGGCACUCCAAUAUGUCCCAUAAACAUCACAAAUUGUCCUUUUGUUCGAUUAAUUCCGUCAUUAUAUCUCAAAUGUCAAUUUAUUUGGUGCGUUUGAUCCAGAAAAACACCGGUUCCAACUCGCGCAACAUGACUACAAAAUAUCUAAUAAGUUACCUGUAAUCUUUGUCCAAACAUUUCAAACAACUUUCCUAAUACAACUUUAGGUAUUUUUUUACCGUAAAUAAUCAAUCAAAUUUAAGACUGGAUAAACUGUGUUCAAUAUCGAAUGAAAACAAAGUGGAGCGAGCUUUCAGGUUGUGUGCCCCAACCACAUCAGUACACUAGACUCGACCUUCGUUCUGAACAGCCCUACUUCUUAAAUUCUCAAAGGAAAAACAUCAACCAAUUUCUAACGGCUGUUGACACCCAGUGGAAGCGAUAGGAACUGCAAGCAAGUUCCUUAGAAAUCUAGAUCCACAUAGAAAACACAUUGAAAAAGCGUGACCUAAAAAAAAAAUCUGGAUGUUUUGUCCUUGGGGUUUCGCCUGCCAAAUAAGUUCUGUUAUACUCAGACAUCAUUCAAACAGUUUUAGAAAACACUGACGUUUCUAUCUAAAUCUACUAAUAAUAUGCAUAUCCUAGCUUCUGGGCCUGAGUAACAGGACGUUUACUUUGGGCACGCUUUUCAUCCGGGCUUGACAAUACCGUCCCCUAGCCUAGAGAGGUUAACAGCACAGUAAUGAUAAGACAAGUCCUUAAUCGUCAUUGUUAGUGAGGUAAAGGGGUAUCUAACUUUAAUUCUUGACCUACAUGUUGAAAUAAAACCCCUUUCAAAUGUCUUGUGCACUCAUUAUUGCUUGUUCGUCUCUUGCAAUUUAGAUAAAUGAUAUAACAAUAAACUCAAGGUGGUUGAGUCUCAAGCACUAGGGAGUCGGAAGCAAGCCAAGGGAGCGUCUCUUUCUGCAGGAGACUCGGGCGCUCCAUACCCACUGAUCCUGCGGGACACGCUGAGGACACCGGGACUGUACUCGCAGUGUUGGGUUUUGAUGCACUCUGUUUUGUGGAUAUCUGUUAAUCUCUCAAAGAGUAGACUGGGGAGACCGAGAACAACAGGGCAGGGUAACUAGUGGGAAGACUGGCAGGGAAAGAUAUCUGAUAGAAAAUAACUAUCAUAAUUGAUAAAUGUUAGUGAUGGGUGGGGGAUUUAUUUUUCAGAAUAUUUUAAGGAAACUGCCUUAAUGCAUGCAGUGGGGGUGCUUAUACAUGGAUGAUGUUCUAGUUUUGUCUCCCCUCAGAUAUUCUCAGUUUCAGGUUUCAAUUACCUAACUAAUGGGGUGGCGAUAAAAAUGUUGAAUUGCACAAUUUUAUCACAGCCUCAAGUCAACAGAACAAAGUUUGUUGUCGUGAAGCAGUCUGUGUUGGGGCACAGGUGUCAUACUGUAGCUAUUGUUUUAUGAGGAUGGCUGCUAUUAUUUAGCAGGCAGGUGUAGCUUAGUGAGGAAACAAAGGGGGGGCAGUCGCCUGAGCGAGACCCCCCCUCCCCCUCCUUUCACUCUUGUGAGUUCUCCCCCCGUGUUAAAUUGGUAUGUUGUCUUUCUCUCUCCCUUGGUGUGUGUGUGUUGCAGCACCCGGACAGUAAGAUGAUGCAGAUCAACCUGACUGGCUUCCUGAAUGGGAAGAAUGCCCGAGAGUUCAUGAGGGACCUGUGGCCUCUGCUGCUCAGCGCUCAGGACAACAUCGCCGGUAUCCCCUCCGCCUUCCUAGAGCAGAAGAAAGAGGAGAUCAAACAGAGACAGAUUGAGCAAGAGAAGCUUGCUUCUCUGAAGAAGAUUGAUGAUGAGAAGAAGGAAAAGGAAAACCGAGAAAGGGAGAGCCCCAGAAGGAGGAAGUCAAGGUCACAGUCUCCACGGCGACGAUCUCCAGUGAAGAGGGAGAGGAAGCGCAGUCACUCCCGCUCACCGAGGCGUAAGCCAAGUCCCAGCAGCUCCCCUCCACCACCAGCCCCAGCUGUCACCCUUGUCAGUGUUACCCUGCCCCAGAGCACUGAGGAGCCCCAGCCUGAGCCAGACACCUCAGAGAGCACCAUACCUGAGCCAGUCAUUCAGGAGGCCUCCUCCACCAGUGAUGUGUUAAAGCCGGACACUGUGGUUGUGGUACCUGACUCUGUGACUGAGGUCAAAGAACCCUCCCCAGAUAAGGCUCCUAAAAAGGAGAGGCCCAAGCCCAGGGAAAGGGAGAAGGACAGCAGGAGAGACAGGCCCCACCACCGCUCUCGCUCCCAUUCCCGCUCCCGCAGACGACCCAGAUCACGCUCCAGGUCUUACUCCCCCCGGCGGAGGCCGAGCCCCAGGAGACGGUUGUCCCCUCGUCGUAGGAGCCCCCCCAGACGUGGCCCUCCAGGCCCCAGACACAGGCGCAGUCGCUCCCCUGUCCGCAGACGGCGCUCUCGCUCCCCAUCAUCCUCUGGGAGCAGCUCCACGUCUCACUCACCUCAUAAGAAGGCAAUGAAGAGACCGUCAACCACACCACCCAGAAAACAGCCCCGCGGCCAUGCAGCUGACCCCUCCCUCAGCCCCUCCAGGAGAAGAGCCCCCAAUGGCAGCCCCUCAGGGAAGACUCAACGCUCUGCCUCCCCGCGGGCCAGAAAGGGCCGGGCCUCAGCCUCCCCAUCCAGAUCAGCUGGGUCAAAGAAGAAACCAGGAACGAGGAACGAUUCACCGUCCCCUGGUCCGAAACCCAGGCAGUCUGAGGCAUCAGAGUCAGAGGGGGCUACAGCCGAUUCUGUGCAGCAGCGACGUCAGUAUCGCAGGCAGAAUCGGGAAACGUCUUCAGAGGCUGGAUCAUCAUCAUCCUCAGAAGGUGAGGGGUCCAAGAGGCCGGGCAGGGGGCCAGUGGCGAGGAACGGGGAUGUCAGGCGGCGGCGCAGUCACUCUCCCUCCUCCCCCAGGAGACGACACCGGGACGGCUCCCCGAGAAAAAGACGCUCUCCUUCCCCCGGAGGACGCAGAUCUCCCCCAAGGCGUCGCAGAUCUCCCUCUCCUCCUCCUAGGCGCAGGUCUCCCUCUCCACCACCUCGCAGACGCUCCCCCUCCCCCAGACGGUACUCUCCACCCAUCCAGCGGCGAUACAGCCCCACUCCUUUGGGCCCACAGAAAAGAAGGCUGUCAGGGUCUCCCUCUCCCAAACGCCUAUCCCCGGUGCCCAAGCGCCGUCCCUCCAGGUCCCCUAAGCGCAGGAGUCCCCCUCCCCAAAAGAGACGCACACCUCCCUCAUCCACCUCUCCCCCCAGACACAGGAGAAGCCCCAUGCUCCCAUCCAACCGACCAGGCCGGGACACUCGCUCACCCCCCCUUGCUCACAGUAACCGCCUGUCCCCUUCCCCUGCCAACCGUGGCCGGACCAGUCCUCAGGGGCGCUUUGACACCUCUCCACCUGGACAGAGGCGCCAGGUGUCCCCCUCACACGGCAACAGGGCAAUCCGCAGGGUGUCCCGGACACCAGAGCCCCGCAAGAACCAGAGAGCCUCUCAGAGCCCCCAGCCGAUGAGGAGAGUGUCAUCAAGGUCACUGUCUGGUUCCCCUAAACCAGGAGCCCUGAAACGGCCAGCUUCAGGCUCCCCUUCUCCAGGCCACUCAGCCAGUGGAUCCCCACCUGCACCCCCGGCUAAAAAGGCCAGCAGCGGCUCUGGCAGCCCUUCUCCAAACAAGAAUUCUGACACUGAGCCUGGAGGAAAGAAAAACAAGAAGAAGAAGAAGGAAAAGAAACACAAGAAGGAGAAGAAGCAUAAGAAGCACAAGAAACACAAGAAGGAGAAGUGUGAUGUGCCGGUUGCUGCUGGGGAUGACCAGGAGAACCAGGGGAUGGAGGGCGACGCAGCCUCCAACCCAAAAAAGACAGUGAAGUAGAAGAGUGUCUGGACGACCUGGAGAAGCACCUGAGAGAGAAGGCACUGCGUUCCAUGAGGAAAGCUGGAAAGCUGUCCCCUCCACUGUCCUGAGAAGCCCGGUCACUCCCCUCCCUCUUUCUCCUCCCUUUUUCUCCUUUCCUGAUUUUCCAUUCCCUUUGUUUAGAAUUUUUCGUUAACCUUGUUCAGCUUUAGAAUGUACAAAUUGUUUAUUCUUUAGUUUUUGUUUUCUUUUUACGGGUUUGGUAAUCUAUUGAAAUAUAUUUUUUAUCAAGAGCUUGAUAUGUCACGAUCUCCCAAUUAAUAUUAUUUUCUAAUAUUUUACCCAAAGUGUGUUAUUGCUUAUAUCCAAACUGUAAAACUAUCUUUGUUGGGCCCCUUAAUUUUCUAGAUAAGAUCAGGGAUGGGAACGGUUUCAUUAUGAUGCUUGCAUUGUAUACGUUUCUCAUACUACGACAUUCAAAAGAUUUGACUUUGGGAAUUUAGGAUUGCAUGUGCAGCUAGCGUGUCUCUGCUCUGAUGUGCAUGAAAUGGACUGUAAACAAGCAAAUACACAGAUCAAAGCUGUCACUUUUCCCUUUUGUCAGCAGGCAUUGUAUGGUAUUGCUAUGCUGUUUGCUCUCUAAAAUGGGGAAUGAAUCCAAGCAGUCUUUUUCCCCUUUUUGGUAUGUAAUAGAGGUGUUUGGCCUUCCAUAAAAUUCUGUCUUAGAAAAACUCUACACAAGUUUAAAAAGAACUGGAUUUUUCAUGAGGAUUCUGACCUCACCAGAGAGCCGGGGUUUGAUUUCCCACAUGGGUUGAUAUGCAGUCAUACUUUGAAUUCACACUGGUCCACUCUUGCUUUGAGCUAUUCAUUUUUGUGGGACUGCUAUUUGACUUGUAUUUAAAAACUCCUGCUCUUGUCAUCCUUUCAGAAUUAAAAGAUUUUUUUAUAUUAAAACUUUAAAGUGA